AUGGACUACUACGUCGUCGGUGCCACUGGAUACCUCUACGGCAUCACCUUCAACGCAUUAACCGGAGAAGGAUCCGUAGCCUUAGCCAAACUAGUCACUGAUCGAGAGAAGGUUACAGAUGUCGCAGUCUGCAACAACUUGGUCGCCGUGUCCUACCACGGACGAACCGUCCGCCUAAACGGAUUUGUCGAAUUCUACAGCAACUUUGAUCUCAAGACUAAAAUUCUUGCGUUUCUUCACAGAGAGAGAUUCGGUGUCGGUCCCGAAUCGAUAGUGUUUUCUUCCGGAUGCGAGACGUUGGUGGUCGCCAACGAGGGAUGUGCGGGCUGGUUGGAUUCUACGAACUUUACAUCGUUUUAUAAUCCGGAGGGUUCGGUCUCCGUCAUAAAAAACAUUAAGAGAGAAAGCGAGACGGUCAGAUGUGACGUCGUCACUGCCGGGUUUACAAAAUUCAACAACCGAGCGUCUUCCCUGGAACAGCAGCGAUUACACUUUGUGAUGGAGAGAGACGCGUUUGGACACACCUAUACUCUUUCGGAGGACUUGGAACCGGCAUAUGUCGUUCUAUCUCCGGACGAUCGGACGGCCUAUGUAGCGCUCCAAGAAAACAACGCCAUCGCUUUCGUCGACGUCGAGUCCGCCACAGUGACGGAAAUCUACGGUUUGGGACGUAAAGAUCACUCUUUGUCGAACAACGGUUUUGAUACCCUUAAUGACAAGAUGGUCAGGAUUAUGGCUAAACCAACAGGAGUCUACGGUCUUUACCAACCACAGGGCAUGGCCGCUUUCCUUUUUGAGGGUCAAACAUACAUUGUGACCGCAAAUGAAGGCCAAUCUAAAACCUAA